GCAUGGUAAUAGCAGGAAGAAAUCAGUUGCAAAAGCCAAACUGCUGAACUGAGGUUUUGUGGUUCAGACAUUGCCUGAAAAGCUAUGAACAACUGGCUGCUCCUGGUCAUUGCUUUUCUUCUCUGCCCAGGCUGCUCUUCUCAAAAUGUCAGAAAUACUGAUGGGUGUUUUUGGAAUAUGGACAAAGUCUUCAAUCUUCAUGCUUUCAUGUUUAAUAGAAGGAGGAAAAAACUGUAAUGGUCCACCCAGGAUUGAGAAUGGGGACAUUAUUACUUUAUCUGAGAAGCGGUACAGAUCUGGCUCUUCAGUAGAAUUCAGAUGCCAAAGGUUUUAUGCCAUGGAAGGCCAGAAAAUAUCUUUCUGUAACAAUGGGACCUGGACAAAAGUGCCCAUUUGCCUCGAUCCCUGUAGGAUUCCCACGGCUGAACUGGAAAGGCAGAAGAUAGAAGUUAAAGAUGGAAUGGAUGCCUCUGAAAAUAUAUUUGUGCAACAUGGACAUUCUAUAGAGUUGAUCUGUAGAACAGGAUAUGUCCUAGCAGCAGAUUCUUCUCAGUCAGCUUCUAUAAUCCAUUGUGAUGGGACAACCCCCGUGAUUCCUAAAUGCAAAGAAAUUAUAUGCAACUCUCCAAGAAUAUCGAAUGGCUCUUUCCGACCUAAAAGAAAUAUAUACCAUGUCGGGGAUCUAAUUCAAAUUCAGUGUUACAGUGGAUUUACCUUUGAACCAGAUAAUAGAGGACAGGUGGUUGAAUGCACAAAAAAUGGGUGGUCACCUCCAUCAAAAUGUGUCUUGGUGAAUCCGCUGAUUGUAUGUGAAGAACCAGAUGACAUUGCUUUCGGGGAAAUUGUAACCAUGGAGAAAGCCAAGUAUCUGGAAAAUGACCGAGUGCAAUACAGGUGCUACCCUGGCUAUGUCUUGGAAGGACUUGAAUGGAUUCAGUGUAAAGGACAACAAUGGACACCUCGUCCACCAAAAUGCUUGGCACCAUGCAGUAUCACAAGACAACAGCUGGUAACAAAAAACUUGUUUGUGUUUGGAAGUCAAAGAAAAAGUCGGUUUAUUCAAAGUAAUCAUAGCCUGCAAUUUCAGUGCAGUGAAGGAUAUGUCCUUGUGGUUCCAUCAGUCAGAAAGUGUGUUGACGGUUACAUGGAUUUGCCAUUAUGUAUCUCUGAACGAGGGAAAAAUUGCAGUGAUCCACCCAGGAUUGAGAACGGAGACAUUACUACUUUAUCUGAGAAGCAGUACAGAUCUGGCUCUUCAGUAGAAUUCAGAUGCCAAAGGUAUUAUACCAUUGAAGGCCAGAACAGAUCUUUCUGUGACAAUGGGACCUGGACAAAAGUGCCCAUUUGCCUCGAUCCCUGUAUGAUUCCCAGGGCUGAACUGGAAACCCAGAAGAUAGAAGUUAAAGGUGGAAUGGAUGCCUCUGAAAAUAUAUUUGUGCCCCGUGGUCAUUCUAUUGAGUUGACCUGUAGAACAGGAUAUGUCCUUGCAGCAGAUUCUUCCCAAUUAGCUUGUGAUGGGACACCACCUGUGAUUCCUAAAUGCAAAGAAAUUACAUGUAGCUCUCCAAGAAUAUUGAAAGGUUCUUUCCGACCUCAAAGAAACAUAUAUAAUGAUGGGGAUCUAAUUCGAAUUCAGUGUGACAAUGGAUUUACUCUUGAACAAGAUAACGGAGGACAGGUGGCUGAAUGCACAAGAAAUGGAUGGUUACCUUCACCAAAAUGUGUCCAAGUUGAACGCACCUGUAAGGUUUCUCUGCUCCAUGGGAGUUUUGUACCAGAGCAACAGAGUAUUCAGAUCAAUGAUAAAGCAAAAUAUAUUUGUCAGGAUGGCUAUACAACCUCAAAAGGAGAGACUGAGGUAGAGACACAAUGCCUUACAGAGGGCUGGAGCCCAGAGCCAGAAUGUAUCAGGACAUGCUUAAAGCCACCUGCAGAUAAUUUUAUCUUCAACACAACUAAGCCUGUUUUUUUACCUGGAGAUGUACUUCACUAUGAAUGUAAAGAGGAGUUUGAAAUCACUAAAAAUAGCAUCAGUGACACCGUGGUGUGCACUGAGGAAGGAUGGGAACCUACUCCUCCUAGAUGUGUGGCAUUUGUAUGUCAAGCUCCAUUUUUGGAAAAUGGAGCAAUUGAUCCAAGAGAGAACGUAUUUCAGCAUAAAAUGGUGGUCCGUUUUAACUGUGACACAGGAUUCACAAGAGUUGGCUCUGAAUCUGCACAAUGUUAUCACUUUGGAUGGUCUCCACAGCCUCCAGUCUGUAAAGGUAUAGCAUCUGUAUGUCAUGCUCCAUUUUUGGAAAAUGGUGCAAUUAAUCCAAGAGAGGACGUAUUUCAGCAUAAAAUGGUGGUGCGUUUUAACUGUGACAGAGGAUUCAUAAGAGUUGGCUCUGAAUCUGCACAAUGUUAUCACUUUGGAUGGUCUCCACAGCCUCCAGUCUGUAAAGAAAAUGUUAAAUCUUGUCAGGCAUCACCCAGGAUUUCACAUGGCAUGGUUACCGAUGAACGUAAAGCAGUACAUCAGCAUGGUGAUCUUUUGGAAGUUCAGUGUGAUAUCUCAUUUGCACUUCGUGGAUCAAAAACCAUAGAGUGUGUGGAUGGUGAAUGGGCGCCCUUACCAUCAUGCAUAGAAGAAGUAAAAACUUGUGGACCACCUCGAAAAAUUACAAGGGGAAUUCCUGUUGAUGCUAUGUCAUCCAUAUACAGGCAUGGUGAAACCGUGGCAUACCAAUGCCAACAACCAUCUGUCAGUAUUGGGACCAACCCAGCGAAGUGUCUUCAUGGACAAUGGGAACUACCAUCAUGUCUUGAAACCUGCCCUCCACCACCUCAGCUUCCCAAUGCCAUUAAUAUAGCCGAGAUGAGAAUCUACAGGAGUGAAGAAGAAAUUAGCUUCAAGUGUCAAGGAAAUUUUCUUCUUCGUGGCCCACCAAAAAUAAAAUGUGAAGAUGGAAAAUGGCAAACACCUCCACGCUGUCUUGCAUGUGAAGAACCAGAGGACAUUGACUUUGGGGAAAUUGUAACCACUGAGAAAGCCAAGUAUCUGGAAAAUGAAAGAGUGCAAUACAGGUGCAACCCUGCCUAUGUCUUGGAAGGACCUGAAUGGAUUCAGUGUAAGGGACAAAAAUGGACACCUCAUCCACCAAAAUGCUUGGCACCCUGCAGUAUUACAAGACAACAGCUAGCAACAAAAAACUUGUUUGUGUUUGGAAGUCAAAGAAAAGCUCUGCUUAUUCAAAGUAAUCAUAGCCGGCAAUUUCAGUGCAAUGAAGGAUAUGUGCUUGUGGCUCCGUCAGUCAGAAUGUGUGUUGACGGUUACAUGGAGUUGCCUUUAUGUAUCUCUGAAAGAGGGAGAAACUGCAGUGGUCCACCCAGGAUUGAGAACGGAGACAUUACUACUUUAUCUGAGAAGCGGUACAGAUCUGGCUCUUCAGUAGAAUUCAGAUGCCAAAAAGAUUAUGCCAUGGAAGACCAGAACAGAUCUUUCUGUGAUAAUGGGACCUGGACAAAAGUGCCCAUUUGCCUCGAUCCCUGUGUGAUCCCCAGGGCUGAACUGGAAAGCCAGAUGAUAGAACUUAAAGAUGGAAUAGAUGUGCCUGAAAAUACAUUUGUGCAACGUGGUCAUUCUAUUGAGCUGACCUGUAGAACAGGCUAUGUCCUGGCAGUAGAUUCUUCACAAUCAGCUUCUAUAAUCCAUUGUGAUGGGACAACACCCGUGAUUCCUAAAUGCAAAGAAAUUACAUGCAAUUCUCCAAGAAUAUCAAAUGGUUCUUUCCUACCUCAAAGAACUAUAUACCAUGAUGGGGAUCUAAUUCGAAUUCGGUGUGAAAGUGGAUUUACUUUUAAACCAGAUAAUGGAGAAAAGGUAGUUGAAUGCACAAAAAAUGGAUGGUCACCUCCACCAAAAUGUGUCAGUAGGGGUUCCCAACCCCCAGCCAUGGCCCACUAUCAUGCCGUGGCCUGUUUGAAACCGGGUCAUGUGAGUGGCUGGCCGGUGCACACAUGUGUGCGUGCAGCUCAAGUUGCAUGA